AUGCUUGAUGGUACCACUGACUGCACGUUCAACACAAGCACCACGACCAAUGACAACAACAACAACAACAACAUCACCAAUAACCCAGCACUUCAAGAGAUCAAGACACAGUUCAUUCAAAAGGGAGUCAUUGACAACUUGGUACAAUUGCUCAAGCAGAUUGGUACGACAGCUCAUAGAGGACACCUCAAGGUAUUCUAUCUCCUACUCAAGAUUCUCUAUAAGCUCUCGGUUGUGAGUGGAGCGACACCGCCCAUCAGCAACGAGUUUAGGAGUGAAGCUGUGACGCAGCUCCAAUCACCAGAGUUUGUGUGCAAGGUGUUCCUCCUCAUGUCGUCAGCACCAGACUUCCAAAGACUACUUCCAAGCACCUCGGGAAGUAAUAACGAGUCGUCCUCACAUGAUUUCCACAUGAUGUACCACUAUGGCAUGGAGAUCCUACAGGUGUCGCUACGUAACCCACCCACUCAGUUCAUUGUCGACAUGUCCAACGUCCGUACUGAAUGGACCACAUGGCUGAAGGCCCUGUUACUUGAGUGCCAACAUCCAAGAGUUCAGAUCAGGGCUUCACAGAUGGUCAUUGCCUUGUCCACGCAGGAGAAUACCAACACACAAGACGAGCGACAAUUGCGAUCACUGUUCUUCCUCGCCCGACUCCUGUCCUUCCUUCCCACCAUCAAUCAGUACUAUGAGACAGCCGAGCAGUUCUUCUGUCUACUGUCACAGCUGCUCAACAUUGGAUAUCCAACAUCGUCGCCCUCUGGAUCACCCAAGCAGAAGCACGUUGUAGAGUCGGUCGUACUGGACAGCAACAACAAGCUGGUGCUCCAACAGCUGGUGCACUAUGAGAACGACAACGAGGAGUCCUCAGACUUUGUCAAGUCGUUGAUGCAAAACUUGAUCAAGCAGUUAUUGUCCAUGCCAAUUCGCGAGCUAUCCUCACAUCAAAAGAAGGAUCACAUACUCGUUGGCAUACUCAAUGUCAUUCGCAACAUCAUUCGAAGACGUCCAUCUCUAAAGGCACUGUGCAAGGAUAAUGAGCUACUUCAGUACCUCUUCAAGACAUGCCUCUUCAAGACACCGACUGCCAACGACCAUGGUUCACAGAUGCCACCCUUGUGCAAGACGCGAGAGUCAAGGCUGGCGUGCUACCGUCUGAUCAAAGAUCUGGCAAAGAAUGACUACAACAACUUCUUCUUGACCGAGCGACUGAUCUCUGAGAUCAUGGAGCGUGUUGAUCCCACCAACGAUUGGAACUACAGUCCAAUCGAUCGUGAGAAGACUAUAUACAACUAUGUUGGUCUCAAGAACCAGGGUACCACAUGCUACAUGAACUCUCUACUCCAACAACUGUUCCAUAGCACCAGUCUCAAGGAGAGUGUUCUAGAGCUCAAUGCCAACGAAGGAUUCAAACAACUACAACAACCAUCAAGUCCACAGCCAACACAGAACCAACAUCAACAACCUCAACAGGUGGACAUCCAAACCAAUGGUAUUGACCCUCAGCAACAAAGCCACCUUCAGACCAACCUCCUCAACCAGGUACAGCUGCUCUUUAUCUACCUUCAAGAGAGCAGCAAGAGAUACUAUGACUCGAUCAACUUUUGCAAGUCCCUGACCAACUAUGAUGGAACACCGAUCAACUUGGGCAUUCAGAUGGAUGCUUUCGAGUUCUUCCAUCUGCUGCUCGACAAGAUGGAAAAGGCACUCAAGACCAUCGUACCGGACAAGCAGGACAUUCUCAAGGAGGCCUUUGGCGGCAAGUUCACAAACCAGUUCAUCCCACGCAAUUGCAAUCAUCGCUCACACUGUGAGGAGCCAUUCUACUGUGUGUCGCUGGAGGUCAAGAACAAACGAUCAGUGCUCGAGUCGUUGGAUCUAUUCAUCCAAGAGGAAAGUCUUCAAGACUACAAGUGUGAGUCAUGCAAUGAUCGUGUUGAGAUCACCAAGCGAUGUCUCAUUGAGAAGCUCCCCAACACACUCAUUCUCCAUCUCAAGAGGUUUGAGUUUGAUUUGGAGAACAUGAGGAACAUCAAACUGAAUGACUACUGUGAGUUCCCAAAGCAGAUCAACAUGGGACCAUAUACUAGAGAGACAGUUGAGUCUAGGUCAUCAUCUAAGUCCACCACCAACGUGUCCAUCAUCAAGAGAUUGGCCUCACACGAUCAGUUGUACGACUUGAACGGCAUCGUUGUUCAUCAUGGCACUGCAGACUCUGGACACUACAUCACCUUGGUCAAAGACUCUAGUGGUAAUUGGUUUGAGUUGAACGAUACAUAUGUACAACCAUAUGACGAGAGAAGGAUUGAACAGGACUGCUUUGGAGGCUUUGAGGACGUCAGGGAGUUUGACAAGGCCACACAGAAGUAUAUAAUGGUGCGUCGACCAAAGACUGGCAACGCCUACAUGUUGUUCUACAAGAAGAUCAACAACAAUCCAGAGGUGGCGCCUCAGCCAUCAACACCAGUUACCAACAUGGACAUCAACAGCUUGUCGGUCCCAUCACCAAACACGGAGUCGCAACUGGUGUCCACCAAACCAAAGAUACCAAAGGAGGUAUUAGAGACCGUAUGGAACGAGAAUCGAUCAUUCCUAUUGGAGAAGUACCUGUUUGACGUUGACUUUACAACUUUCAUUUGGGACAUUGUCAACCUCAACCACAAUCCAACCUUUGAUUCUCUGUUACCAACCAAGUCCACCACUGUUCAAUCAGCUGACCAGAUAUUGGCACUUCAAUCUAGCAUCAAGUUGGCAACUAGGUACAUUGUGGACAUUUACUCACACGCUAAGGAGAGGCCCUUGUUGGACGUGUGGGCCUAUCAUCUGAAGCGACUGAUGAGAGACAGUGUACAGGGUGCAGAAUGGUUCAUUCGAUAUCUGGUCGAGAACAGGAACAUCAUGAGAGGACUUAUCAUGGGCUGCUACUUUGAGAAGACCAGACAGACCUUUGUUGACGUCAUCACCUUUGCCUUCCUACUUCGAACCAAUGGACCAAAGGAGCCCCUGUCCAACACUACGAUUGCAUUCCUCAACAUUCUCAUAUCAUUCAUCAAGACUGUCAGAGACUAUCCCAAGAGGGCCGUUCAACAGCUGUUUACAAUGUGUCUGAGCAUCACAAUGACAUGUGACAAAGAAAGAGAAUUCUUGUUGCAGAGAGGUGCGAUUACAAAGUUGAUAUUGAACUAUAUUGGCUCAUAUGUUCCCAACCCUACAUCAAUGUCAUCAACUGUUGGCUAUUCACCUGCCAACUAUAGUCAAAGCCUGCCACCACCAACGAGCAGUAUCAUAGGAUCAUCAUCAUCACCGACAUCAUCACCCUCUUACUCUGGUAGCAACAUAUCAUUCGAAAGCAACAAGAUGGUGGACUUCCUUUGCUACCUCAUUCGAUGUUGCCAGCCACUACAGAGCAAUCUGAUGAGCUCUCAAUUGAACAACUAUCCAACCGAACGUGACAAGACCAAGCCAGUAGUUCACGUCAUCCCAGAUCCAGAGGCACCACAGUCCAACUCUGCGUACCGAGUCAUCUCAGAGACACAUUCCAAUCAUGUCUUUUCCGACACGACCCUUGUGGCCGUUCUCUCAAAGAGUUUCCUUUUGAAGUUGCUCAAAGAGAAUGGAUGGUGUGAGAGUGUACGACAGAUGAUUGCCCAUAUGUCUUGGAACAACAAGUCAAUCAGUACACAUUUCUUCAACAUCAUCAAAGAACUACUACUCAAAUCAAACCCCAACCUCUACCAGUACAUCUUCCCAGCAUUGACCUCACUUCUCGAGAUACACGACCCACUAGCCGAGUGGAGGGUCGACUUCGUGAUGUCCUCAUUGCUAAAGACUACCAGUCAACUCUGA